AUGAAUUCCGAAUUAGAUUUGUUGAAAAAACGCAUCACUGAGCUUGAGGCCGAAAAUGCGAAGCUUAGGCAGACCAUGGAAGAAAAAUCUGACCUUGAGGCUGAAAAUUCCAAGCGUAAAGCUGAGAAUACUAAACUUAAAGCCGAAGUAGCGAAAUUAAGACAUGACAUCGAGGAAAUCAAACUACAAACCCGAGUUAUUCCUAAUGAACUGGAUAUACCUUCUAUAGGAGAUAUUUCGCAGCCAUCCGCUUGUCCGGAAUUACCUGAACUGGAACAUAGCUCGACCCAAUCUAAAUCUCCAACAGAGCCUGAACCAUCCGCAACCUCUUUGGCACAAGAGAUUAUUGAUGACAAUUCAGCCGAGACCUUAGAUUUUGUAGAAACAGUAUAUAAAGAAAGUGUUAGUAACGAAAUAAUGGAGAGAAUCAGGGAAAAGAAGCUUCGAGAUCAAGAGGCACUUUCAACUUCUCAAGAUACUCGUUCUAUUAUUAUUUCUGAACAGAACAAUAAUUCUGGCUUGCUCGAAACUUCCUGUCUUACAGAGUAA